UGUUACAGAGGAGUAGCUACAAUUCCAGAGUCUCUUUUAAUGAAGUUACUUGUGGCUGUUUAUUGGAUGGAAAUAAAUUCCAACUGGCCCAUAUAACAAAUGAAACUCAACUACAAAAAUGUAAUGAUAUUUAUUCACCCAGCUGCCAGCAAACUCACAUGCACUAUGAGUCAUUCCAGAUGUGGAUAAAAACAAAGUCUGUCUGUGAAAGUAAGUUUCCUGAUCCCAAGGAGACUUGGUUUGGGAGAGGAGCAGCGCGCUGACUUCAGCUCUACUCAGAAGAACAGACAGGUUUUUCUCUGAAGGGGGAGGGGGAGAGGAAAAGCCAUUAUUUAUUCCUGAAAAGAAAGGAGUUGCGAAAAUAAAAAAGCUACUGUACAGCUAGACAUACUUUUAAAGAGAAGGAUGCUUUGGAAGACUCUGGUGCUGCUGCUGUUCUAUUACAAUGCUCAUGCCACUGUGACCCACAGAUGGAGCAGAGCUAAGCUUUUCCCAGCUGCUCAGCGAUUCAAGAGGUCCUCAGCUGCCUUCCUCAACCCAGUGUUACAAAACUCGCUGGAAGAUGUGGUCCUGCUUUAUGAGUUUCUUUUAGCUGAGCUUGACAUUGACAAAGGUCAGAGGAUCUCCAUCAAGGAUGAGGAGCUGGCUUCCCUGAGGAAGGCUGCUGAGUUCAACACCAUCUGCAACGAGAUUAUCCCCAAGAGCAUCCCGGAGAUCCGCAGGCUGAGCAGCAGGCUGUCUUCCUACCCGAGGGUCCUCGAGAAGGAAGACUUUGAAAGGACAGUGCUGACCAUGGUCUACACGGCCUACAGAGCUGCUCAGUCCCAGGGGCACCAGAAAGACACUUGGGCUGAGUCCUUUGUCAAUCUCUACAAAGCCCUGAAGAACGACUUGAUGCUGCCCUACCACAAACAGCCCUCGUAGAGGAGAAGGGGAGCAGCUCAGCAGCUCAGCCCCCUGCUCUGGCUGAUGAAGGACACAGUGCAGCACGCCCACCACUUUAUUCUGUAAAAGAGUUUAAUCACCUGCUUCAGGAAAGAUUGUUCGUUUUCUGGCUCCCUCUUGUGGAAUCUGCUUUCCAGUUCCAUGCUAAACAGCGAAAAACGUAUUCAGUCCUGAGAAUUCGAUUUUUGUGCUGGCUUGGAGGCACAUUGUGUGACAGGAAAGGAAGGGAGUUUGGUGUACACCCAGGCAGACCCUUGUUUCAGGCAAACCCUUGAUUCAUCCUUUGGGUUUCCUUUGAGCAGUACAUCAAUAUAGUGUGCUUAUGCUCACAUGCUGCUGUGAAGUGCUGGAGAGUUUUCCCCAGCUUUCCUAGCUGGGGAAACAAGCUCAUGUUUUGGCUGGCCAGUAAGAGAAUAUUACACAAGGAUGGAGGCCCGCUGUAAAAGGAAGAGGUUUCAUAACUGUCAGCCUUUAAAAUUAUGCCACAUAUUAUUUAUUCCAAAUGUUCUCAUAAAUAAGCACUCUCUGAUUCACUUCAUUUGGCUGAGCAAGUGUUUAAUUGCAAUAACAUUUGCAGAAGACAAAGGGCAUUGUGAAGACCAGCAGCAAACAAUGCCUAUGAACGUAUUUCCUGAUUCCUGAAGCUGUCCUCCCAAACAGUCUGCAAUGAUUCUUUUGUUAUUUGCACAUGACUUUGCUUCUGCUUGCUUUUUUGAAAGGAACAUGUAUUUGUCCUCAGUGGAAUCCAAGGCAAGGCAAAGGCCCUAUUUAAUUCAAUAGUGCCACAUUUUUCCUGGUUCUAUCACUUGAACGUAGAUUAUCUAAACCCAUGCUUCAGAACUUGACUGAGGCAAGGAAGGAAGGGGCAUUAAAACAUACCUGGUGCCGAAUUUGGCACUGUGGCUCUUUUUUAGCAGUAGAUUUUUUUUUAUUCAUUUGAGUGUGUGUGUGUGUCUGUGUGUCUGUGUUCAUGCAUGUGUGUGCACAUAAGUGCUGAGUACGUAGAAGAAAUUGUUCAGUCAGUGAACAAUUGCAUCUGACCACUUAGCAGAAAAGGCUAUUUACCAAUUCAGUGGUGCGAAUUAUGAAUUUGGGAGCAGCAAAGGAAAAACUGUAGGAAUGCUGCAACCAAUUAUAAUAAACUCUGGAAAAAAAUCAUGAACAGAAAAUAGAAAAAAGGAGAGCUAUUUUGCCAAAACGAUGACUAGCUAUCAAAAAUCCAAAUUCUUCUAAAUCAAACCUUCUAAUUUUUGUGCUCAAGAGAUACAAACUCUAUUUUUCUAUUGAUAUUAGAGGUGCUUCUACUUCCAGACAAUGGGAAAAUAGCUGAACAUUUAGUUCAUCCUUUUAUAUCAUCAUUCUCUAUCUUUCUAUUGCAUAAUACAUUAAGGAUGCAGGCCCAAAUCACAAAUCCCCUAAAACAAAUCCCCAGACUAAAACAGAGCUAAGGAUUCCAGUUCUGAAUCAUGUUUAACUGCUUUUGUGUCACUUGAACAAAAAGAAUUAAUUCUUCUGUAUCCCUUAAAAGGGAUACUUCAAGGACUGGAGCUGAAAAAAAUCCACCCUGAAGCACAGCAAAGAGCGCAGUGCAAGCACUGGGUUUGGCAAACACCUGUGGGAAUGUGGAAGCACAGCAGCCUAAGGGGCAGUCUGGCUGUGGCAUUAGCAGCUGGACAAAGGGCUUAUAAAAGACAGAGUCAGUCUUGUUUCCCUCAGGAGUUUCUGGAUUUGUGUGUAUGAGUGUGCACAUUCCUGUAGACACACACAUGUAGGCACACUUUUAUACCUGAAGAAUUUUGUUGGCCCUCUUCAAAGCCUGACUGGCAGAUGGCAAAGGAAACUGCAAACCUCAGCCACAAAGCUGUGGGCCAGAAAUCUCUGUCUCCUCUGCCUGCACACACAGAGCUCAGCACCCCCAAAGCAGCCUUGCUUGCACUCCUGCCCUUUGAGCCCUCAGCUUUAACACUGCUUGUGAUUUCUUUCCCCAGCAGGCUUUACAAACACAUGAAGGGGAAAUGCCACAGAGUGCAGUAUUGCCUUUCCAGCUCUGCUUCUUGGCUCCCUGAAACACCACUUGCUGGAAGAGCCUGGAACCAGGGCAAUUCAUAAAUGCCUCUUAGCCAGCUUCACCAAGUCUGUAAAAAUAACAAGAAAGAGAACUAGAGCAAAUAUUAAUGGCUAGCAGUCACCAAUCAGAGAAACACCUCCUAGCCAUGCGCCUCACCCCACAACAGGACUGCACAGCAGAGUCUGCUUGUCAUAAAAUAUCCCAUAAAAAAGUAUUACAGAUAUUUUUUAAUAUCUUAUAAUUCCCUAUGGCAUACAUAUCUUACCAUACUUACAAAUUGGUAGCUGAAGCAUUUAUUUCCUCAACAGAAAAUACAGGUUUUAUGAGGUUUUUUUCCCUCCUCCCUCUACUGUGUGUAAUGUAAAGAAAAAGAUUUAUUCCUUGGGAAAGUACUCAGACGGCCCAGGUUAAUUUAACAGAGACUCUCAAUGUAAUAAUAAAAAUGUUCUACAUAAAAGUCCUUGCCUUUGGAUUGUAUUGAUUUCAGCGGCAGAUUUACUAUUUUGCAACUUCAGCUUGAGUAAUUGCUUUGUCUCAGACUGUGAAACUCUUCAUGGGAGCAAUGGUACAGUUGAGAAGAGGGGACAGCCCCUCCCUCUGAAGGAGACAAUAAAUAGAAAUCAGAGUGCCUCCUUUUUCCAGAGUUCAGGUGGAAAGGAGCACCCUGCCUUCAGGGAAAUUCUUUGGGCUUAGGGCAUUUCCCUCCCUCAGUAUUGUUUAAGAUGCAGGUGUAGGUUGCCUUCUCCCUAUCUCAGUUUUCAUCUUAUCACUAUGGACUGAAUCUUCUUUAUGGGCAG